CUCAGAAAAUUUGUUUAUAACCAAAUUCUGUGGGUUAAAUGAAAUAAUAGAUAUUAAAGUUAUCACUGUCUUUGGAGAUGAUGAUAGAGGCCAUCUAUCUGCAAUGAGAACUUAUUUUGUUGGGAAAAUGCUGAGAAGCAGCAAGGAGGAAGUGCAUGUGUGAGCCAUGGAACCUGUAGACUUCAGAGCAGUGAUUAGCCCAACAACAGCUGGCAACUGUUUUGAUGUUGUAUAAUGAAUAUUUACUGUGUGCAUGCUGGCUUAAUCGCAGAACUGUCAGAGUGGAAAAAGCACUGGAUCAGAAGUCAGGAGAGCUAAUCGCUACCCACCCACCCGUGUGCCUCCUUUCCCCACCUUUAAGAUGAAAUGGUAGAGGGAAAGGGCUCUAAGGUUCUCCCUGUUCUGAUACUUACUGUUCUGUGGUUCUCCGCUGCACACCUGUCAAAAGCAUUUUGACUUUCUUUAAGUUGCUUAAGCCAGCGUUUUGGUUAGAUGCAUCCAGGAGCUUAUUCCCACUGGCUGUUGGGAACAGCAAAACCUUGCUUCUCCGGGACUUGAUAUGUCUUCUGCUAACCGCUGACAGUGAGCCAUACCACCUAAAAGGCUCCCCCAGUAGCCUUAAAGAUUGAAAGGACAAACGGACAUUAUUGAGAACUCUGUGGAAGAGGAGACCAGAGAGACGUUGAUCAUCAUGGCUCCUUGGGAUUUGCAAAGAGGAAUGACUAGAGCUGGGCCAUUCACUACAGCCAGGUCAAAGGUCAGGUCAGGAAUGUGGACAAUGCUGGUGACUCCAGUUGCUUCCAAGAUCCGGUACUUGCAGGAAUAUCAUAACCGAGUUCUCCACAACAUUUAUCCCGUACCAUCAGGAACAGAUAUUGCAAACACCCUGAAGUACUUUUCUCAAACCUUGUUAAGCGUCCUGCGAGAUGCUCCUUCAGAACGCGGCCCGCAAAGUCGUGAUGCUCAGUUGUCAGACUACCCUUCUUUGGACUACCAAGGCCUCUACGUGACUUUGGUGACUCUCCUGGAUCUAGUUCCUUUACUACAGCAUGGCCAACACGAUCUUGGACAGUCAAUAUUUUAUACGACCACGUGUUUGCUCCCCUUUCUCAGUGAUGAUGUUCUGAGCACUUUGCCCUACACAAUGAUCUCAACGCUAGCCACCUUCCCUCCAUUUCUUCAUAAGGAUAUUAUUGAAUAUCUUAGCACAUCUUUUCUACCAAUGGCUAUAUUGGGUUCCUCCAGGAGAGAAGGUGUUCCGGCCCAUGUUAACCUCUCUGCAUCCUCAAUGCUAAUGAUUGCAAUGCAGUACACCUCUAACCCAGUGUAUCAUUGUCAAUUAUUGGAAUGCCUCAUGAAGUAUAAACAAGAAGUCUGGAAAGAUCUUUUGUAUGUGAUUGCCUACGGGCCUUCACAGGUGAAGCCUCCAGCAGUACAGAUGCUUUUCCACUAUUGGCCCAACCUGAAGCCUCCCGGAGCCAUAAGCGAGUACAGGGGCUUACAGUACACAGCUUGGAAUCCCAUCCACUGCCAGCACAUCGAAUGUCACAAUGCAAUCAACAAGCCGGCUGUGAAGAUGUGUAUAGACCCGUCCUUGUCAGUAGCGUUGGGUGAUAAGCCACCUCCACUGUAUCUCUGUGAAGAAUGCAGCGAGAGGAUUUCAGGGGACCAUAGCGAGUGGUUGAUUGAUGUUCUUCUGCCACAAGCUGAAAUAUCUGCUAUAUGUCAGAAAAAGAACUGCAGCUCCCAUGUCAGAAGGGCAGUGGUCACCUGCUUUUCAGCAGGGUGCUGCGGUCGCCACGGAAACAGGCCUGUUCGGUACUGCAAAAGGUGCCACUCGAACCACCACAGUAAUGAGGUGGGGGCCACCGCAGAAACUCACCUCUACCAGACCUCUCCACCCCCCAUCAACACCCGGGAGUGUGGGGCAGAGGAGCUGGUCUGCGCUGUGGAGGCAGUGAUCAGCUUGUUGAAAGAAGCAGAGUUCCAUGCAGAACAGAGGGAGCAUGAGUUGAACCGGCGGCGGCAGCUGGGCCUCUCUUCCUCCCACCACUCCUUGGACAACACUGACUUUGAUAACAAAGAUGAUGACAAGCAUGACCAGAGGCUGCUCAGCCAAUUCGGGAUAUGGUUCUUAGUGAGCCUCUGCACACCCAGCGAGAACACGCCCACAGAGAGCCUGGCUCGGCUGGUGGCUAUGGUAUUUCAGUGGUUUCAUUCCACGGCGUACAUGAUGGAUGAUGAAGUUGGAAGCUUGGUGGAAAAGCUGAAGCCCCAGUUCGUCACCAAGUGGUUGAAGACAGUAUGUGAUGUCCGAUUUGAUGUCAUGGUCAUGUGCCUUCUUCCCAAACCCAUGGAAUUUGCCAGGGUUGGUGGAUACUGGGACAAGUCCUGUAGCACAGUGACUCAGUUAAAGGAAGGUCUCAACAGGAUCCUUUGCCUGAUUCCUUACAAUGUCAUCAGCCAGUCUGUGUGGGAGUGCAUUAUGCCUGAAUGGCUGGAAGCCAUCCGGACAGAAGUCCCUGACAACCAGUUAAAGGAAUUCAGGGAAGUAUUAAGCAAAAUGUUUGACAUAGAGCUGUGCCCUCUGCCGUUUUCAAUGGAAGAGAUGUUUGGCUUUAUUAGCUGUCGGUUUACAGGAUAUCCCUCCACUGUGCAGGAGCAAGCGCUACUCUGGCUUCACGUAUUAUCGGAGUUAGAUAUCACGGUUCCACUUCAACUCUUGAUAAGUAUGUUUUCUGAUGGUGUUAAUUCUGUCAAAGAAUUGGCAAAUCAAAGAAAAUCAAGAGCCAAUGAACUGGCAGGGAACCUCGCAUCUCGAAGGGUGAGUGUCGCCUCUGAUCCUGGUCGACGAGGUCAGCACAAUACGUUGAGUCCGUUUCAUAGCCCUUUCCAGAGUCCGUUCCGGAGCCCCAUGCGUAGUCCGUUCCGUAGCCCUUUCAAGAACUUUGGACACCCAGGAGGAAGGACUAUUGAUUUUGAUUGUGAAGAUGAUGACAUGAAUCUAAAUUGUUUCAUCCUCAUGUUUGACCUUCUCCUAAAGCAGAUGGAGUUACAAGAUGACGGCAUCACGAUGGGUUUAGAGCACAGUUUGUCCAAGGACAUUAUUUCUAUCAUAAACAAUGUCUUCCAGGCCCCCUGGGGGGGCUCCCACAGCUGCCAGAAGGACAAAAAGGCGACGGAGUGUAACCUGUGUCAGUCUAGCAUCCUCUGCUACCAGCUUGCCUGUGAACUCCUGGAGAGACUAGCUCCCAAAGAGGAAAGCCGGCUGGUGGAGCCCACAGACAGCCUUGAAGAUAGCCUCCUUUCUUCCAGACCAGAGUUCAUUCUAGGCCCUGAAGGAGAGGAGGAGGAGAACCCAGUAGCCAAACAUGGAGAGAAUCCAGGCAACCGUACAGCGCCCUCAGAACAUGCUGCAAUAAAGAACGACACGGAAAGAAAAUUUUGCUACCAACAGCUUCCAGUUACGUUGAGACUAAUAUAUACCAUUUUCCAGGAAAUGGCGAAGUUUGAAGAGCCAGACAUUCUUUUUAAUAUGCUCAACUGCCUGAAGAUUCUCUGUCUGCAUGGAGAGUGUCUGUACACUGCAAGGAAAGACCAUCCUCAAUUUUUAGCCUACAUUCAGGACCACAUGUUGAUUGCAAGCCUCUGGAGAGUCGUCAAGUCUGAGUUCUCUCAGCUGUCUUCACUGGCAGUUCCUCUCCUUCUUCACGCUCUGUCCCUUCCUCAUGGUGCUGACAUAUUCUGGACAAUCAUAAAUGGCAACUUCAACAGCAAAGACUGGAAGAUGAGGUUUGAAGCAGUGGAAAAAGUAGCUGUCAUCUGUAGGUUUUUGGAUAUUCACUCAGUGACCAAAAACCACCUGCUGAAGUACUCUCUGGCACAUGCCUUCUGCUGCUUUCUGACAGCUGUGGAGGAUGUCAAUCCCGCAGUGGCCACCAGAGCAGGUCUCCUCCUUGACACCAUAAAGAGGCCAGCACUGCAGGGCCUCUGCCUUUGCCUUGACUUCCAGUUCGACACUGUGGUUAAAGACCGACCCACCAUCCUGAGCAAGCUCUUACUCUUGCAUUUUCUUAAGCAAGACAUUCCUGCUUUGAGCUGGGAGUUCUUUGUUAACAGAUUUGAGACACUUUCUUUGGAAGCUCAGCUGCAUCUAGAUUGUAACAAAGAAUUUCCUUUUCCUACAACCAUCACUGCUGUGAGAACCAAUGUUGCCAACCUCAGUGAUGCUGCCUUGUGGAAGAUCAAGAGAGCACGCUUUGCAAGAAACAGACAGAAGAGUGUGCGGUCCCUGAGAGACAGUGUGAAAGGGCCCGCUGAAUCCAAGAGGGCGCUUUCCCUCCCUGAGACCCUGACCUCCAAAAUCCGACAACAGUCUCCAGAAAACGACAACACCAUCAAGGACCUGCUCCCAGAGGAUGCUGGCAUUGAUCACCAGACCGUCCACCAGCUGAUCACAGUGCUCAUGAAGUUCAUGACCAGGGAUGAAAGCAGUGCGGAGUCAGACAUCAGCAGCGCAAAGGCCUUCAACACAGUCAAGAGGCACCUCUACGUUUUACUUGGCUAUGACCAGCAGGAAGGAUGCUUCAUGAUUGCACCCCAAAAAAUGCGCCUGUCAACAUGCUUUAAUGCGUUUAUUGCAGGAAUUGCCCAAGUUAUGGACUAUAACAUUAACUUGGGCAAACACCUUCUCCCCCUCGUGGUUCAGGUGCUCAAAUACUGCUCUUGUCCUCAACUCCGGCAUUAUUUCCAACAGCCACCUCGCUGCUCCCUCUGGUCCCUAAAGCCUCACAUCAGGCAGAUGUGGUUGAAGGCCUUGCUCGUCAUCCUUUACAAGUAUCCGUACAGAGACUGUGAUGUCAGCAAGACCCUGCUGCACCUGAUUCACAUAACAGUCAAUACACUCAAUGCGCAGUACCAUAGCUGCAAGCCCCACGCCGCGGCGGGACCUCUGUACACUGACAGCAGCAACAUAAGCAGAUACAGCGAGAAGGAAAAAGGUGAAAUAGAACUGGCCGAAUAUAGAGAAACGGGUGCGUUGCAAGACAGCGUUCUACACUGUGUGAGAGAAGAAAGCAUUCAGAAAAAAAAGCUACGCUCUUUUAAACAAAAAUCUCUUGAUAUAGGGAAUGCAGACUCCCUCUUGUUUACGUUAGAUGAGCAUCGUAGGAAGUCCUGCAUAGAUCGGUGUGACAUAGAUAAGCCUCCUGCCCAAGCUGCUUAUAUCUCACAACGAAACGACCACCAUGGACGUUCUAGACAGAAUUCUGCUACGAGGCCGGACAAUACUGAAAUCCCCAAGAAUCCAGGCACCGAAGGUUUUCAAGAAAUUCGAAGGCCUGUGAUACCAGAGGUUAGGUUGAACUGCAUGGAGACAUUUGAAGUGAGAGUUGAUUCCCCAGGAAAGCCUGCUCCUAGGGAGGAUUUAGAUCUGAUAGAUCUGUCCUCAGACUCAACCUCUGGGCCAGAGAAACACUCUAUACUGUCCACAUCUGACAGCGACUCUCUGGUUUUUGAGCCUCUCCCACCUCUCAGAAUAGUCGAAAGUGAUGAAGAAGAAGAGAUGAUGAACCAAGGGAAUAGCGGUCCCUUGGGUAACAAUUCUGCCUCCUCCCCCUCCAUCCCUAGCCAGCCCUCUGUCCUCAGCCUGAGCACAACCCCUCUUGUGCAGGUGAGUGUAGAGGAUUGUUCCAAAGACUUUUCCUCCAAGGACUCAGGAAACCACCAGUCGGUGAGCAAUGAAGAUUCUACUAUCGCAGCUCUGGAUGAUCUCACAGACUCGGAAGAGCUGUCAAAGUCAGAGGGGUUGAGAGAGUUUGCCUCUGGCAGUCCGCUAACGCUUAAGCAAAAACGAGACCUCCUUCAGAAGUCAUCUGCCGUCCCUGAGAUGUCAGUGGACUAUAACCCCGAACCCGGCCCGGCUGAAGAAAAGCCAGGGCAGACGCCAACAUCAGGGGCCAAAACUGUGCUCCUCAAAGUUCCCGAAGAUGGUGAGAAUCUUACAGAAAGCGAGAAGCCCAACACCAGUGCCGAGUCCGACACAGAACAGAACCCUGAGAGGAAGGUGGAGGAGGAUGGAGCUGAGGAAUCAGAAUUUAAGAUUCAGAUCGUCCCCAGGCAGAGGAAACAAAGGAAGAUUGCCGUCAGCGCUAUCCAGAGAGAGUACCUUGACAUCUCCUUCAACAUCCUAGACAAACUGGGUGAACAGAAGGACCCAGAUCCCUCUGCUAAAGGACUUUCAACGUUGGAAAUGCCACGGGAAUCUUCCUCUGCCCCUACGUUAGAUGCAGGUGCCCCUGAAACAAGCAGUCACUCAUCAAUAUCAACUCAGUAUAGGCAGAUGAAAAGGGGAUCCCUGGGAGUUCUGACAAUGAGCCAGUUAAUGAAGCGACAGCUGGAGCACCAGUCUAGCGCCCCCCAUAACAUCAGCAGCUGGGACACUGAACAGAUACAGCCCGGGAAACGGCAGUGUAAUGUGCCAAUGUGCCUAAACCCCGACCUGGAGGGACAGCCAUUGAGGACAAGAGGUGCCACGAAGUCCAGCCUGUUGUCAGCACCCAGCAUCGCCAGCAUGUUUGUGCCAGCACCUGAAGAAUUCACAGAGGAGCAGCCAACCGUGAUGGCCGACAAAUGCCAUGACUGCGGGGCCAUUCUGGAGGAAUACGAUGAAGAGACCCUCGGGCUAGCCAUCGUGGUCCUCUCCACGUUCAUUCACCUAAGCCCAGACUUGGCGGCGCCCCUGUUGCUUGAUAUCAUGCAGUCUGUGGGAAGGCUUGCAUCCAGCACUACCUUUUCUAAUCAAGCAGAAAGCAUGAUGGUUCCAGGCAAUGCAGCAGGUGUGGCCAAGCAGUUCCUGCGCUGCAUCUUUCAUCAGCUGGCUCCCAACGGCAUCUUCCCUCAGCUCUUCCAGAGUGCCAUCAAAGAUGGGACUUUUUUACGGACCUUAGCCACAUCUCUCAUGGACUUCAACGAGCUGAGCUCAAUUGCUGCCCUCAGUCAGCUCUUGGAGGGUCUAAAUAACAAAAAGAAUUUACCAGCAGGGGGUGCUAUGAUACGCUGUUUGGAAAACAUUGCCACGUUCAUGGAAGCUCUGCCCAUGGAUUCUCCUAGUAGUCUCUGGACCACAAUCAGCAACCAGUUUCAGACAUUUUUUGCCAAGCUGCCUUGUGUUUUACCUCUGAAGUGUUCUUUAGAUUCCAGUUUGAGAAUUAUGAUUUGCCUCUUGAAGAUACCUUCCACCAAUGCCACGAGGAGUUUGUUGGAGCCAUUUUCCAAGCUACUGAGCUUUGUCAUUCAGAAUGCAGUCUUCACGCUGGCCUACCUCGUGGAGUUGUGUGGCUUGUGCUACCGAGCAUUCACAAAGGAGAGGGAUAAGUUCUACUUGUCUCGGAGCGUUGUUCUGGAACUUCUACAGGCCCUGAAGCUCAAGUCACCUUUGCCAGACACAAACCUCCUGCUGCUUGUCCAGUUUAUCUGUGCAGAUGCUGGAACCAAGCUGGCUGAGUCCACCAUCCUAAGCAAGCAGAUGAUCGCCUCUGUGCCCGGGUGUGGGACGGCAGCAAUGGAAUGCAUACGGCAGUAUGUCAGUGAGGUGCUGGACUUCAUGGCUGACAUGCACACACUAACCAAGCUCAAGAGCCACAUGAAGACGUGCUCCCAGCCUCUGCACGAGGACACCUUCGGAGGCCAUCUCAAAGUUGGCCUGGCCCAGAUUGCAGCUAUGGAAAUCUCCCGGGGCAACCACAGAGAUAACAAAGCCGUGAUCCGAUAUCUGCCUUGGCUCUACCAUCCUCCCUCUGCAAUGCAGCAAGGACCUAAAGAAUUCAUCGAGUGUGUCUCCCACAUCCGGUUGCUGUCCUGGCUGCUUCUGGGGUCCCUCACACAUAACGCAGUCUGUCCCAACGCCUCCACGCCAUGCCUUCCCAUACCUCUGGAUGCAGGUUCCCACAUUGCAGACCACCUUAUUGUUAUCCUAAUUGGAUUUCCAGAGCAAUCAAAGACCUGCGUGCUCCACAUGUGCUCCCUCUUCCAUGCAUUCAUCUUUGCCCAGCUCUGGACGGUAUACUGCGAACAGAGUGCCGUGGCAACCAAUGUCCAGAAUCAGAACGAAUUCAGCUUCACAGCAAUACUAACAGCAUUGGAAUUCUGGAGCAGGGUGACACCGAGCAUCCUUCAGCUGAUGGCCCACAAUAAAGUGAUGGUAGAAAUGGUGUGUCUCCAUGUGAUUAGUUUAAUGGAGGCGUUGCAAGAAUGCAAUUCAACCAUUUUUGUCAAGCUGAUCCCUAUGUGGUUACCAAUGAUUCAAUCAAAUACCAAGCACUUAUCCGCCGGCCUCCAGCUUCGUCUCCAGGCCAUUCAGAACAACGUGAACCACCACAGCCUAAGGACGCUGCCCGGCUCGGGCCAGAGCAGUGCUGGCCUAGCAGCCCUCCGGAAAUGGCUGCAGUGCACCCAGUUCAAAAUGGCCCAAGUGGAGAUCCAGUCCUCAGAAGCAGCUUCUCAAUUUUAUCCUCUAUGAGUGGACUCCUCGGCUCCAGUGUCAACACGCUGGCUUAGCAAUAAUGGGUAUAAAAAACAAACAAUUUGAUCCAAGCAGGUUGGGGAACCUUGGUACUGUACUCUCUUUCUAGUUUAGUAUAAAGACGUGCAAAGGCCGGAGAGGGCCACAAACGAAGCUUUCUUGCUACACAUAUUUCUGAUGACUCCUUGGGCUAUCUGAUUAAGUGUUUCCUUACAUUAUUUUUUAAGAAAAAAAAAAAAAACAAAACCAAAAUCAUUUUUCUUUAUCUAACUUCUAUUUUUUUUAAGAAAAAAAAAAAUAGACUGGUGGGUACUCACAGAAAAGUUGUAUAAAGUCCCCCUGUUGCUAUUUUUGAUGAUAGAGAAUAAAUAGGGUUUUUGAAACCUUUGUAGUGUUUUUUCUUAAAAAUCCACUCUUGGAAAUGCAAUAAAAACAAAAACGAACUCAAGUCACCAGAAUCCAGUGACACUUGACCGAAGCUUUUUGUCAUCAUCCCUAGAAAAAGGCAGUUUGCAAGGAACAUUACAAAGUGCACUUAGAAAUUAGGUGGCUAAACUGUGCAAAUUCUGUUUUUAAUACACUUUCCCAAAACCGUCUGUUAAGUUGUAUUAUUUUUAAAACUAGUUUUUUCAACUCAGUAGUUCUGGGCUGGGCUUUCUUACAAGCUUUACGGUCAUCUUCUUAGUUUUGUGACUCAUAAUUUUAUUCUUUUGUUAACACUUGUCUGGGACUCCAUUUAAAACUACAGCUUGCACAGUGGACCAGAGGAGGCCCUGCACAGGUUCUGAGCGCCGCCCCUGGAGUUACAUUUCGUAAGAGGACCAGUUUAUUUAUACUUACUCCUUAGCAUUCCCAAAGCAACCUCUUUCCCCCAACCCCCCACCUCCCACUGUUACACACUUACCAGACAUAGUAGACAUUUAACCCGAAUGCUGACAUACUAUUAAAUGCAUUUUUACUAUCUUUAUGAGCCUCGGGUUUG